AUGCCAUCAAUAUCAGAUGGCGGGACCCGCUCCUCUCUCCAGAAUUGGGCCUCUGAAGUGAAGGUAGAAGAGAUGAAAGCAAAGCAAAAAGAUGCCCGGCAGAAAGAACUGGCGAAGAGAAGGAGCUUGGACACGUUUCAGAACGAUGCACUGAGGCGGCAGAGGGAGUUUGAGCAGAAGGAGGCAGAUCUGCGGAGCUUGGAGAAACACGAGCAGCUAGAGAAUGAGAACUCCAGGAAAGCCUAUUAUCGGGAAUUCAAAAAGGUGGUGGAAGCAUCUGACGUUAUCCUUGAAGUCCUGGAUGCCCGGGAUCCACUGGGUUGUCGCUGCCCACAGGUGGAGCAGGCUGUGGUGCAGAGCGGUACACACAAAAAGCUGGUCUUAGUUCUUACCCACCAAGCGCAGCUCAGCUUUAUUAAAGGGUCUACGUCUACAUCCGAUGCCGCCAUGAUUUUGCGGAACUGUGUGAAAAUUGAGCAGUUGAUUGACCCAGUAGGACCGGUGGAGGCCAUCCUGAGACGCUGCAAUAAAGAUCAGGUAGUUGAUGGGAGAGGGUGUCGGGUAGAGGAAUAG